UAGAAGUGGAAGAAUGCGCGGGACUGCUGACAGAAGGGAAAACCAGCCAGCCUGAGGACAUGAAAUGCUGCGUUAAAACAACUUUCAUCACCGUCAACCUCAUCUUCAUGGUAGCGGGAGCCGGGGCGAUCGGGGCGGGAACAUGGGUGAUGGUGACGUCACCAGAGCAGUUUGACUUUCUGCAGUACCUGAACACCAACCCGGUGGUGAUAUACGGAAUUGUGAUGCUGGGGUUCCUCAUGUUUCUUGUGGGUUUGAAUGGCUGUGUCGGGGGUUGUAGGGAGAGCGCAUGCGUACUAGAUUUAUACCAAGGGAUCGUCAUCUUUCUACUGCUGGGCGAAAUUUCACUCAUCGUCGUCAUCAUUCUUCAGAGAAACGAGUUGGAGCUCUUCACGGGACAGUUGUGGGACGCCCUGAAUGACGAGACAAAAUAUUUCUUCCAAAAACAGUUUGAGUGCUGUGGUUUUGAGAACGUGACGGACUAUAACCUCCCGAUUUCUGACCUGCACCAAAGCUGCUUCUCCGUCAACAGUACGGUCCCUUCGUCUCUGUACGCGAGAGGAUGUUUCACGGGAGUACAGACCUGGGCCCAGAACAACAUGGAUGUGCUGAUCGGGAUAGGCGGGGGGCUGUCGGGAGCUAUCGCCCUGCAGAUAUUCCAGUCGAUGAUGGCGUGCUGCCUGCGGUACUUCAUCGGGAAGCAGCGGCGGGUGGUGGCGGUCCCCCCGCUGCCCAGGAAGAGCGAGCGCGCCAUCCAGACGGACACCAAGAAGGACGCACAGUCCGGACCGGAGGCCAAGCUAGACGUCGACACGAAGCCACAGAUGAGAAAUAUAGUGAGAGGUAAGAAAGCAGGCCCCAUAUCAGACGAGAGGUUCCAGUGGAACGAGUACUCGACGCGGCUGGAGAAAUUCCGCGACAGGCGCGACCACUGGUGGCAGGACGAGCCGGGGGACGGCUACAGUACCGGCGUCAUUACCGCUACAUUCAGUCGCGAAAGCGGCGUUGGCUCCAGCGUUGGGACCCCUGAUAGCGUUGGGACUUCCAACGGUGUAGAAGCUAGCGUUGGGACGUCUGACGAUGGGGCUUCUAGUGGUAUAGGCUCAAGCUAGUGUUAGCGUCAACACCAGUGCCUUGAGUCGCGAAAGCGGCGUUGGCUCCAGCGUUGUGACCCCUGAUGACCACGCUAGCGUUGGGACUUCCAACGGUGUAGAAGCUAGCGA